GACCGACCAAGCGAUCUCCAGCAGCCAGCGGGCCCUGUAUGCACCCGUCAAUCCCUCAUUUCCAUGCUCAUGUGGACCCCCGCGCAUAGAUGGCUUGCCCAUAACGCAUGUCGAGCUCUCCGGAACGAGACAGCCUACGUUGUCCCUCGAAGACCGCACGCGACACACGGACAUCGGCUGCAGUCCACUUCUGCAACACCUUCUCACCAACAAACGUCGCGUCGACGGAGGCUCAACGGCUGGAUCAUCUACCCAACAACACUCGCAACACUUCUUGGUGUUGGCUUCAUAGCAUAUCACUAUAACCAGCCAUUCCGACACACAUCUCUUGCGGUGGUGCGAUGUUCGAGGGUGGCAGAGGCUGCAAUAUUGGGCGCCAUAGACUACAAGAUAACGUUCGCCAAAAGUUACGAGUCUGAUGACGCACAGCGCGAAGCCACCUCCCAAUGCACAAACGCAGUGCGGAGCGUGUCUUGAAGGCCCUUCUUGCGAACGGAGGCAUCUUAUCAAACUGGGCCAGCACAUAGCAUCCCUCGUAGUGCUCCCGUGGAAUGGACAGGUACUAUGCGUCCACUGCAGGACAAGUGUGAACCGACACCCUACGAGGACAUCGAGAAGCUCUUCCUGACGGAUAUGCACCGACCCCUCCACCAAUACUUUGACGACUUCGAUCCGGAGCCAAUAGGUGUAGCGAGCCUGGCCCAGGUGCACAUCGCGCGGUGGAAAGAUACGGGAGAGGCGGUUGCUGUCAAGGUAUGUGCCGCACACGUUCAGAAGGGCUACAUCGCUUACGUGAUGUGCUAGCUGCAACAUCCGCACCUUCAG